AAGCCAACUAAAUUCCAUCUCCGCUCCGGUUUCUUUCCUCUCCCUUUCCUCCUCCCUCUCGCUCUCUCUAUAUCUCCCUUUCUUGUUUCGCGCUGGCCUUCGGAACUCGUGAAUGGUGAGAGAUUACCUGACGCCCUCCCCCUUCUUCUCGUCGUCGUCGUCGAAGAAGAGGGCGACCGCGGCACGAGUCCACCCUACCUCCUCGGAUUCCUCUUUGUUCUUCGGUUCCUGCAUGCAGGGCUGGCACUACCGCUGCCUCGGCCUCGAUCCCUCCUUCCACCCAUCUCCCACCACCGACUGACCGCCACGAUCCGUCUUUCCUCUCAAUAAUUAAUUCCAACCAAUCAAAAGGGGUUUUUUUUAAAAAAAAGAAAAUCCAUCUAUUUUUUGAUCGCCGCCGCUGCCGACGAUGGCCCUCGUCGCUCCGUCCUUGCAGAUCAAGCUCAAGAAAAACCGGCAGCUUCCCCGAGGACGCGGUGGAGGCAAUCGGGCUGGUGCCAGCAACCGAUGCCUCAUCACCGUCAAUGUUUUGGGCAGCGCUGGUCCCAUCCGCUUUCUGGUGAACGAAGGGGAGAUGGUCGGCACCGUCAUAUCCACCGCCCUCAAGUCCUACGCCCGGGAGGGCCGCCUUCCCGUCCUCGGCUCCGAUUUCAAUAACUUCCUUCUCUAUUCUGGAUCUGAUGCUUUGAGCCCUUGGGAGUCGAUCGAUUCUCGCGGCACGAGGAACUUCGUGUUGUGCAAGAAGGAGGGGGUGGUGGAUGAGCGUGCUUCCCAGGUGCUUGGCAGGAAAGGGAGCGGGAGCUGGAGAACCUGGCUUAACAAGUCCCUCAGUUUCAGGAUUUCUUCUCACUGAAAGACGAAGAUUUAUUAUUGCUUCUGUUUUCCUUCCUGCCUCUCUUUCUCCUAUUGGAGGUUAGUUUGAAUUCAUGCUCUGCUGGAUAGAAGCAUGAGAGCAAAAGGGCAGGGGGAUUCUUUCUAUCUACGUGCUAAAUUUUCUUGGGUCUGUCAUGCUCUUCUAUUUAUUUGGCUUGAGUCUCGGUUGGGAUCUUUUUGUUUGAGAUGAUAAUAAUUUCCAUUGUGAUUUGGAAAACUUGAGUCUUUAAUUCUUUCUUUUCUUUGAAGAUGAAAAAGACCGUUUAAGUACUUAGAAAUUAAUAAAGUUGACAGUUGUUUCAGGCUUA